GUGAGCAAGCGAGGUCACAGGCGAGCGUUACAACAUGGCGGCGACGGCGAACUGAUAUGUCAAAAAUGCUUUAUCCGAAGUGUGUUGGAAAUCAGCAGAUUGCUCCACGGCACAACUGAAUAUUAGCGUUUUUUACGUAAAGCGGGAUUGGACGCCUUGCUUCUGCCUCGCGUCUGUCUCGGACUGGACUGGCAGCAGUUCUGUGGAAGAAAAGGAAUUAAUGGCAGCUGCCGCCCUAAAGUUGGGUGAGCAGAAAGGUGAAAAAAUGGGUUUGCCGUGUGAAAAAGACCAACCAGCACAGAUUAACCAUGAGAGCAAAGGAGCAGCUCAGGAUUCAGGUGAAGGAGUUGAUUCUUCAGAGACUCAGAAGAUGGAGCCAGAGAUGCAGAAGCAUGGACGAAAAUCUAGCUCUAAGGUUCCCCCAGAUGUGGAUCAGGAAAACCCACUUAAUACAGAGGAAGCCCAGGGGAAGCAAGGACCAAAGGCAAAGACUCCCGCCAAAAGGAGAAGAAAGGAAAUCAUUCCAGAGACCCCACCACAACAUGACAGUUCAGCAGUCUCUGAUACAUCUGAACUCACUUCUAGCGGUCGGCCCAAGAGGAGAGCUGCUAAAAUUGCUUUAGAUUAUCUCCACAACCUUGCCAGGGAUCUUGGCGCUCCAUCAGAAUCCUCCAUUAAAGACACGUCCAAGUCUGGUGAAGCGGAUGGCACUGAACAGAAAAAGAAAACCGCAACGAGAACGGGGACGAAAAGAAAAACCCCAGAUUAUAAAAGUGACUCAGACGGUGAUGAAGACUUUUCCCCAGGAAAACACGAAGAGGCAGAGAGCGAAGAUGAAGAAGAUUCAGAGCCGGACUUCAGCUUGAACGUCGAGCGCAAACCAGCCAGACCAUCCAGACCAUCCAAACCAGCCAGAGGAAAUUAUCAGUGUCUUCUUCCAAAUGGAUUGGCUAACAAUGUCAUGGAGCCCGUUUGGAACUGUUUUAGUAGGACCAAACAAUUCCGGGAUGAAAACCUUUCCCCCUGGGUAUUUCCAGAGUGGAUUCCUUCUGUCAAAGAUUGGAAUUUACUGUCUAAGAGUGAGGCUGAAAAAUAUUUACCCCAAGAGAAAGAAUCUGCUUCUUUUACCUUUACACGGGAAAGCAUCAAGGGACAGUUCAAACUGCAAACAGUGAAGAGGUUUGAAUCAUUGCCACAUCAUUCUGAGCGCUGGGAUGCUCUGUUCUUUGUGGGGGGUCCUGUGCGGUCCUUGGAGUGGUGCCCCUGUCCUGACGGGGCGGCAAAAAGACAGUAUGCCGCCAUCUACUGCCACAAAGGCAUGGAUGACAAACACAAAAUCAAUGACCUGCACACAGGUCCUGUCUUACUGCAGCUGUGGGACAUUGGAGACCUUCAGUGCAAGAGCAGGCCCUCAACUGCUCCUCAUCUAGCAUAUGCUUUGGCAAUAGAUGAUGGAUGCAUCUGGAAUAUAAAGUGGUGUCCUGCAGGAGUGUGGGAGCUACCCUCUACCAGCAGAAAGGCUCUACAGAUGCCUAGAUUAGGUCUUCUAGCAGCAGCUUUCUCUAAUGGAACCAUUGGCGUUUACAGUCUUCCACACCCAGAAGCCCUUGCAGCACAUCAUCAUAGUAAAGGAGAAAGCAGCCAAGCACCACUGAUAUGCCGGGUGAAGAAGGUUCUGACUUUGAAGAUGGGUUCUAACCAGGCGGAUCAUAAAGGUCAAAGUGGUCUGUGUUUUGCUAUGGAUUGGCUCCACGUUAAACCACAUAACCUCUUGGCUGCCGGCUUUUAUGAUGGUCUGGUUGGUUUAUGGGAUCUUGCUAGUAAGUCUACACUACUGAAAGUCAAGCCUCCAGAUGGAGGUGUGCAUCUCUACCCUUACCACUGUUUUCAUGCUCAUGACGAAAACAUCCGGACCCUGUGCUGGUGCAAAGCCUCAAGCAACUUGUUGGUGACCGUCGGUGAUGACCGCAUGGCAAAAAUGUGGGACGUGAGGAAAACCUACGUGCCUCUUCUGGCAGUAAAGCGCUGCUUGUCCCCUGAAGUGUACUGGCCCCUCUUCUGGAGCGGCAUCCUGAUGGCUCAAGAGUGUUGCUUUGCCACGUUUGGACAACAUGGGGUUCACUAUUUUGAUACAGGUUACCUCGGAAUCAAGCCUUACUUUGUGUGUCCUAGAAAAGCCACUGUUUGGAGCCUUUCUAUGUCUGAUUGGAUAAACACUUUUGUUGUUGUGGACAAUGGAGGAGAUUGUUUAUUUAGUUUGCUUCCUGAAAUGGACAUGGACCCUAACACUAUCAGACGACGAAGAUAUUCAGUGUACAGGACUGACAUGGUCCAGUUUCAACCUGGUCAGGGGCCUGGAGAUAAGGAACAAGAGGAGGAGGAAGUGGAAAAUGCUGCAAGUAAUCCUAGGAAGGAGCCACUGAGUUACAAAGGAGCAAUCAGAAAGUACUAUCUUCAUUUUCAUGACUUGGACCUGGGGAACUUUGCUAAGAGUGAAACUCGGGCCAUGAUGAAGCACCUGCACCAGCAUGAGGUCAAAGGUGUUGCUAAAGUGGACCAGAUGCCAUUGAGCGCACUGUACAAGGUCCGUUUUAACCCAAACAUGGAUGCGUACAACUGGAUCCUGUCGGGUGGGCAGUCGGGUUUGGUGCGUGUGAACUGUGCACGUGGACUGAGCUGCUCUGUGAUGCUCAAGCAGUUGCGUGAAGCUCAAGCCCAGUUCAGCGCCAUGUUCCAGUCUCAGGAGCCCGAUGACUCUGCAACAGCUGUCCGUCACAGCACAGCGGAUACAGUACAAGUUCACUAGCCUCCACCGCCGCAGAUUCUGAGCUCUAUCCUCAAACGGACUGCGCUGUCAUAAUAGGCGGAGGGACUGUCAUUUUUAGAAGACUGAUGACAUACACUUUUUAUUCCUAACUUAAAUCGAAAGAAGGAAAACUAUUUUCAUAUAAGCCUCUGUAUGUUCCCGGUUUUAUAUUUUUUGUGUUUUCUUAUAUUAGUGCUGUACAGAGAGGAAAACCUUUUGAACUGUUUUGCACCAUCGUGAACCUCAGACAGGAAGCCUGUUUGUGUUGUCUUUUAGUUCGGUAUCUUCAUCUUAAUACGUUAGGUACGUGUGGAGAAUGAAAUCAUUUAUGGGAAGCAUUAUUCUCGUUUUCUCCUGUUCCUGUUCAGCGCUAUAUAAUGAUAAAACAUAUCCAUCUUGACAUUAGGAAAACAUUUGAUUAGAUUCUUUAAUUUAGCUAUCGUAUCAAGGUCUGUUUUUUCCCUUUAGCUUUAGCUUUCUUACCCUAAAUGAUCGUGUUAAAGGAACAGUGACACAAAAAUUAAACCUCCUCCCCAUGUCGUUUCAAACCUGACUUUAUUUCUUCUGUGGAACAUGAAAAUGUUUUUCCACUUUAUAUUUCAAUUCUCCACAUAUAAAUUCUUCAGAUAUUCAAAUAUCAGGCUUUUAUGUUCGGCCCUUUUAUGGUCAUACGGAACAAGUAAUAUAGUGCUCUGUGCACUUUAUUGUUUUGAUUAUUUUCAGUAUUUUUGGAGUCUAGAUUUCUAUUCACUUUCUUAACAUGGAAAAGAGUGUCCGUUACGUUUGUGAGCACGACUCCUUUUGCGCUUCACAGAAGGAAUAAAGUCAUACAGGUAUGGAAAGACAUGAGUAAAAGUAGUCAUUUUUGGCAGAACAAUAAUUUUAAUUCUGUAACUUGAGCUUUCUUGUCGGGUAUUGUUAUUCGUACCUUUUUCAAGUCUUAAUUACCUCUUCUUCUUACUCAGGUCUAGCCAAAUUUGUAAGGGCGUCAUUGGACUCUGCUGAUAACUGCAGCCUUCAUGUGAGUUAAUGCUGUCCCUGAACCAAUAGCAUUCUGACGUUAAGAUCAGAUGCACCUUGAUACCCGCCUCAUAAUUCAUAACCUCAAUUUUGUCUGAGUGACUGUAAAUGACUCCAGUGAUGAGAAUCUGGAGAGGUGCCAAUCAGAUUAAUGCUGCUGUGGUCUGUCAGAUAAGAUUAAAUAAGGAAGCCUGUUAUAAUGGAUUUCAAUUUAGUGCGUUAAUUUAAAUGUCUCAAUCUGACUGUGAGGCUCAAGAUAUGGUUAGUAGUUUUGGUCUGUUUUAACAGCAACAUUUAUAUUUUGUAAAUUAUAUUAAACUGAAUUGUUAAUAGGUA